GUCCCGGCAAAGGAUGACGGUCGCUGACUCCAUCCUUAGGUGUAGUUAGGGGGAGAGCAUUCGCUUCCUUCUUUUGGGCUCGUCUCUCUUUCCGGCCAAGUACCUGGACACAGUUCUUCUGUCCAAUUAGUGUCUUACCUACACUUACUUGUUGCGCAGGGAAUCGAGUGGGCUCAGCACGGAGUGUAGGGCCUUUGUGUGGCCCACCAGCUCCCGUCGUUGCUCCACCCGAUGUCUGCUGCCGCUGCUGCUGCUGCUGCUGUUGCCGCUGUUGCUGCUGCUACUGUUGCUGCUACUGUGGUUGCUGUUGCCGCUGCUGCUGCUGCUGCUGCUGCUGUAGCUGUAGUAUUUGCUGUUGGAUACCGCGGACAGCCUCCAUCCUUGGCCCUCAAUUCUGCCUUCAGCUGCGCAAUGGUUUCCUUGGCUGACGGAGGAUCGUCUGCUCGGGUUUCGAGCCUCUCGCUCAGGGUCUUAAUUCCCUCCAUCAUAAUCUUAUGGGAGUUCUUCAUAAGUCCUGAGAUUUCAUUCUUAAGGUUACGGCAUCUCAGCCUGGAACUUUCUGCCGCCAUGGAGGUUUCCCGGAUGCUAUUAAGCACCCUACCAGUCUCCACUUGGGACAAUGGAGUUUCCGCCGGGCCACCCUCACCUAGUGCGGGCCAGUCAGCCCCCAGCUCAUCCUCCUCAGAAGAGUAAAUCAUCGGCCUUGCGCGCUUGUGCCUUCUCCCCUGCUUUGGCGAGGUCAGGCCAGAGAGCCGCAUGCUCUCAACCGCAAUGGCAGUCCUUUCCAGUUCCUCCGCUUGGUAUUCUUCGUUUUGUAAACUUCCUGGCGCAUUAGAUACACCGCAGGCCAGGUCGCCUACGUGUGGUGUCCUUUCUGACGCAUCAUCCAGAGCUGAGGCCAGGUUGCCUACCCCGAGGUCCUGGCAGUCGUUGGUUGACGACGGCGGGUGGACUGCCCUACCACCACCUGACAUCCCGUGGGUAUCCCUCCCACGCCCGCUUAUUGGUUUCAUCGUACUAUCCAUAUUUAGUAAAGAAUAUAUUAUUAGUGGGAGCCAAGCUCCCCAGCAGAAAGGAAAGGAACGGAAAGAAGCUAGUGAGAGAGAGAGAGAUAGAAUAGAAAAAGAUAUGUCAAGAAAUAUAAAGGAAGGAAUAGCCAUACAAGAACAUUCAUACACCAUUCACUCAAUCCCUUUUAGUCGCCUUUUACGACAAGCAGGGAAUACUGUGGGAGUAUUCUACUUCCCCCUACCCACGGGGGGGAAGUGAUUUUAACCUUACGAUCCGCGAAGUAGCUUGUCGUUACAUUAAAGACGUUUCUCGGACAAUCUCGAUCUUAAAGUGCCUCGAGAACUAGUGGCCACCAUACAUUAUCAAAAGCUCCUGAGAUAAUGAAAAAUAACGCAACGACAUAUCUCCUUGAGUGAAGAGGCAGAAACAAUUCGACCCAUCUCCACGAUUGCAUUCUCCAUUGAGCGUUCCUGGAGGAAGAUAAAAUGUUUGUCCAAAAUUUUACCCUGUUCGAGGGAGAUUUUGGUAAGGCGUAACUUCAACAGCCUUUUAAAACUUUCCCUAUUACGGAGAAAAAACAUAUCGGUCGGUAUGGCUUGGGAUCUAACGCUUCUUUACCAUCAAGAGUGCUCUUAACGAGCCCUUUUUCCAAAUAGAAGGGAAGAUGCCCCUUCGGAGGCAUCCGUUAAAGUGAUCCACGAAGUGAGUCGGAACAACAGCGAAUGCUUUUUUGAGCACACAUAUUUUGAUCAGAUCCGUCUCCGGGGCUCUACCGUACUUAUGAGAUCCUACUACACGCGCGACCUCUUUCUCCGUGAAAAGGAGAGCAUCCACUAUUUCGGAAGUGUUUCUCGAAGUACUUCUUGUCGCUAUAAGUUUCGGUGUAUGUUUGGAUACUCAGUCGUCCGGAACAUGCGUAUUUAGGAGAGCUCUACCUGUAUCUAGCACUUUUCAUGGUCUUCUUACCGUCCCGUUUGAGAGUGUUGAUGACUCCUUCAACCUGAAGUUUGUUCGUUUGUUGCUUAUAUAUAUCCCCACAGUUCCCCGUUACCUUUUUCCGAGAUAUUUUUUUCCAGCUAUUUAAUUUGACCCAUCAUAACUUUUUGCUGCAAGCCCGCAAGAAAGAGCAAUAUCUCUGCAUUAAAGUCACAGUCAGAUUUCCUGGUGUUAAAACUUCUGUUUCCCGCAACUCAGCGGCCCUUAUCUGUUCAGUCUUCGUGGCAAGUGACGCAAUAUCUUUGGAAUUAUGAUCGCUGGACGUCCAGUCUGUACUAAUCCUUCAAUGGCCGAUGAGUUGGCCCAUGGAUUGAGACAAGAGGACCACAUAGAUAUAUGAGGAAUCCUUCAUCGUCUAAAAAGUGUGGGUUAGUUGCCCUGCACUAUUUUAGACUCUUAUGCCUGAUGCUUCGAUAAAGGCUUCCAGCUUUGAGCCUCUUUCAUCUGAAAACAACCUGAGAGAUAACAACGCGUUGGCGUCCUACGAUACAAAUAAUCUCUUCCCCCUUAGAGUUUGAAGGACCAAUUCCAAGUGCCUAAAAUAUUCCUUUAUUUUGUCUCUGUACUGGAAGUAGAAUGAGACAACGCAGAAGGAGGAACCAGGUGCUUGCACCUCUGUACAGAUGCAGUGAGGAGUGCUAAGCUGCGAGAUAAACAUUACUCGAUGCGCGGAUUGAUCGCUUCGACCGUCGGCCAAUGUCUUUCCUCGCGGAUAGCCGCAACUCUCGUUCCGUUACCUAGAUUUAUGAUUUCAAAACCUAGCCCUUGUUUUUGGACGUACGGCUCAUGCAAAGGCAUUAGGUCCAAGCGUUGGUACCUAUGCAAGUUUCAACGAAGCCUACCCUGCUUCGAGCUGUUGUUCUGUAUAUCGCGUCGGUAGUUUCAAAAGUUGCACUUGUAGGGUCCGCUUCAAAAACUCCCGUUGGAGCGUCGUUUAUUUUGGAGCACGUUUUCGGCGAUUCCUAAGGGAGUUCUUCGCAUUUUUGCUUGAUGAUCGGAGAUAAGGGGGUCCUAUCGUGCGAUUCGUGUGCACUGUUA